AUGGAUACGUCGAAUGGUAACACUCCUUUGCCGGAGGAUAUGAAUAAGCCUCCGGAGGGCUUGGUACUGCCCCCCAAGGACAUUCGAGCGAUCGUCGAGAAGACUGCUGGAUACGUUGCUCGCAAUGGUCAUAUAUUUGAAGAUCGUGUCCGUGACAAGGAAAAGAGCAAUGCCAAAUUCUCCUUCUUGAAUCCGGGCGAUGCCUACGCGCCCUUUUACCAAUGGCGCCUCACUGAGAUCAAGGAUGGUCGCGGUACUGCCGUCUCAGCAGGACGAGCUGGCGAAGCAACACCCGCCGCUGAACCUGAAAAGCCCAAAGGGCCUCCCGAACCCGCCGCGUUUCAUUUCUCCGCACGCAUGCCCAACAUCAAUGCGCAGGAUUUAGAGGUCGUCAAGCUCACAGCAUUGUUUGUCGCCAAGCGAGGUAAAUCGUUUGUGACCGCGCUGUCGCAGCGCGAGGCCAGAAACUACCAGUUCGAGUUCCUUCGUCCCCAGCACAGUCUCUACCAAUUCUUCACCCGACUGGUCGACCAGUACACCAUCUUGUUCCGAUCCGAAGGCAUCGAUGCCACUACUACCGAACAGAAGAGAAUUGCCGAACUUGAACAAAAUGUGCAAAAUAAAUAUCAUAUCAUGGAGCGCGCCUCACAGCGCGCCGAGUGGGUGAAGUUCCAAGAACAACAGAAGCAGAAGAAGGAAGAGCUGGAGGAACUGGAGCGUAUCGAGUAUGCGCAGAUCGACUGGCACGACUUUGUGGUCGUCGAGACCGUCACGUUCACGGAAGUCGAUGACCAGUCCGACCUCCCACCGCCGACCUCACUCGCGGACCUGCAGUCCGCCUCCCUCGAGCAAAAAGCCGCCAUGUCUCUUAACCCCCUCCGCAUCGAAGAGGCCAUGCCCACCGAUCUCGACAAUCCUACCUACUACAACCCCUACCCCGUCCAACCCGAAUCCACCAUGCCCUCGGUCUCUCCCUACCCCCAAGGCCCCUACGCUCCCCCAGGCGCAGACUACAAUAUGCAAUACCCCCCGCAGCCAGAGGCAGCCCAAGCUCGCGUCGAGUCACCCAUCCCCAGCGCCCCAGGCCAACCACCAAUGCGCAUCCGCUCAGACUACGUGCCCCGCGCUCAGGCUCGCCGCGCCCAAGCCGCCGGUGCAAUGGCCCUCUGUCCGAACUGCCACCAACAAAUUCCCGUCGCCGAGCUGGACCAGCACAUGCGCAUCGAGCUCCUGGACCCGCGCUGGAAAGAGCAGCGCGCCAAAGCCGAGUCCCGCAGCGCCACAACCAAUCUGUCAACUAUGGAUGUGGUCAACAACCUCAAGCGCCUCGCCAGCCAGCGAAGCGACGUCUUCGACUCCUCACUCGCUCCUCUCGACCCCGAAGAAGAUCGUCGCAAACGCAUGGCUACCGACAGCCCUGUGCAGCCUGGUCCUGCGAUGGGACCUGGCGGUGUACCUCUGCCUCAAAGUAUGAAUAUCGAAGAUCAGAUCCGACACAUUCAUGAGCGCGCAAAGCAAUGA